CAAAGUUUCCACCAGAGAGGAAUAAAAUUUCUUUAUUAUAUAAUACGGAAAUAUAAAGACUUUGCGUUUACUGUCUGGAAUAUAAGGUUAUUCCGAUAGAGAAUAAGAGUCAAUAAUGUAUAAUAUGCGUUUUCUGCUACCAUUACUACUUAUAUUACAUGUUAUAAGCUAUAGUAUAGCAUGGCGCAAUUUCAUGAGAGGCCGAAGUAGAAACGGUAAUUUAGGAGAGCCUGUUUUGUCACUUAAAAAUUAUAAUCUUCCCGAGGAACAAUGGUUCACACAGAUUUUUGAUCCUUUUAACCCAACAGAUAUGCGUGUUUGGAAACAGAGAUACUUUGUCAAUUCCGACUAUUACAAACCUAAUGGGCCUGUAUUCUUAAUGAUUGGAACUGAAAAAAUAAAGCCCAAGUGGAUGGUAGAAGGUCUAUGGAUUGACUAUGCCAAAGAACUUGGUGCAAUGUGUUUUUAUGUGGAGCAUCGUUAUUACGGAAAAAGUCACCCUACUGUAGAUCUUAGUACAGACAACUUGACAUUUCUAAGUUCAGAAAUAGCUCUACAAGACUUCGCAUACUUCAUCAGAAAUAUUAAUAUUGAAUACAAAUUUCCAAAUGAUACAAAAUGGAUUGUAUUUGGAGGAUCAUAUGGUGGUUCUCUGGCUGCUUGGAUGCGUCUUAAAUAUCCUCACUUUGUGCACGGUGCGGUAUCCGCAAGUGGACCGUUGUUGGCACUGGUCGAUUUCCAAGAGUACUACGUCGUUGUGGCGAAUGCUCUGAAGCAACAUUCUCAACAAUGUGUUGACGCAGUAGCAAACGCCAAUACGGAAUUCCAUACAAUGCUGCAUCAUCUCACUGGUCAAGAGCAAAUAGCGGAGAAGUUUAGAUUAUGCGACCCGAUUGAUCCUGGACAUACCGCUGAUAUUUCCAAUUUAUACCAAUCAUUAGCAAACAACUUUGCCUAUAUUGUGCAAAAUAACAAGAACAAUCGUCAAGAAUCUAAAACUGCUAACAUCAACGUCGAUACUAUAUGCGAUGUAUUAACAAAUGAUGAACUAGGUAGACCGGUUGAUAGACUCGCUUACAUGAACAGCAUGAUAUUAAAUGCUACCAAGGAGAAGUGUUUGGAUUAUAAAUACGACAACAUGAUUCAUUCACUUCGAAGUAUCAAUUGGAACGAACAAGUGGAAGGAGAACGUCAGUGGAUGUAUCAAACUUGCUCAGAGGUCGGAUUCUUCCAGACCUCAACCGCACGGCCUGAGCUGUUCAGUGAAACCUUUCCGGUGGACUUCUAUGUACAACAAUGCAUCGAUAUCUUUGGACCUAGUUACAACUUGGAUAUGUUGAAAUCCGUUGUUACUCGGACGAAUACUCUGUACGGCGCAUUGAAUCAAAAAGUGUCGAAUGUAGUACAUGUGCACGGCUCUCUGGAUCCUUGGCACACGCUGGGUAUCACGAAAUCUUCCAAUCAUCCGCAAGUAGCCAUCUACAUCAACGACACUGCACAUUGCGCGAUUCUGUAUCCUUCAUCGGAAGAGGACCCGCCUCAGUUAAAGCAGGCUAGAACAGUGGUAAAGGGCCUGAUCAAACAAUGGCUGGAUAAUUGAAGCUUUCUCUCAAUAUAAUGUCAUACGUGCUAACGUUAAAGAAACAUGUACAAUAUUAAUGUUCGUUGUUAAGAAAAGAGUAUUUGAAAUUAUUAAUACCGCUACGAAUACUUUUAAAAAAACUAUAUUUUGGAGUUUUUUUUUCGUUAUAGCGCAGGAUAAACGGUACUGAUAUAUGUUUGUAUAAAUACGUUUAUUUCCUAGAUUUAUAUAAUGUGAAAAUUAAGUCUAACGAUAUAUGUAUAUGUAACGAUCUAUAUUUGCGAAUGCGCUAGCAUUCAUUAUCGUGUACCAUGUUUGAAUGACAAAACUGCUCGUUCGACGGUGAUCAAACAAGUUUGCCUCAAAUGGCACUGUCAUAAUUUAACCGCGACAAGUAGAGUUUAGAAAAUGCAUGUACAAAGUUAGAUCGCGUAGGAUUAUCUCAGUCAAUAAAUAAACGUUAACGUUGCUGCAGGAGAAAA